AUCAUGAAAGGAAGACGCGAGAGUAAGGCCGCGAUCCGUCCGCGACCUAAAACUACUUCCAACCGUCACGAGUAUAAUCGAAAAGGUCGUCAGGGUUACCGUGUCAGCUACUCCAAUAGGAUACUUCCUUUGUGCAUCAUCCCCCUUCUCCUCGAUGCUCGAGCGAAUCCCAGCUAAACAUCAGCGAAACUUAACGAGCGAAUUGCACACGGCCAACCUUCUAGCUCGAUCUCGAUGCUUGAGUGGGUCUGUGUGUCAAGAUGGGUCGCAUGCUCGCUCUGCGAGAGCAUCGUAGAGAAAGGAUCGAGCUAAGGGGGUACCCGUUGAACGAACAGAGAAAGACCGAACGAACUUGUUUAGAGCGUUAAAGUUGUUGCGAGUAUUACAAUCCGUAUGGGUUCUUUACGUGGGAGACGGUUCACCCUGGUUUGCGAAGGAUGGAGGAUGACUCGAUGGUAUAUAUCGGUCCGUACACCUGGUCCUGUCGCCAGUUCUCACUAGUCGAGGAUCCUGAAGACCGCGGGAGUUUCAGUGCGUACUUAUAUCCGGUGAGGUCCUCUAGUUUCGUUAAGGAUUAACGUGCCAAGGAAGACGAUGGAUCUGUCCAAGUGUGUGAUCGUCUUGUUAGCGUGCAGUGCGGUCUGCUGCGCGUCCUCGGCGACGAAGGACGAGGACAGCUUCGUGGACAAGGGUGUCAGAGCGAUGUACAGGGUCUACGAGGACUGUCAGACUCGCAACAUAGCUAUAUCGCCGUGUCUGAAGAAGAAGGCGAUAGCGUUCUUUGAAAGACUGGGUAGAAUGCACAUUCUGCCGUUGUCGGAGAACUUUGAACUGAUCAGAACCGCGGAAGUAACUACGAAGAGUUCGGUGAACGAGCUGGAGGCCAGUUUAGGUAGGACGGUUACUGGCAAGGAUGAAAUACUGAACGAAAUUCUGUUGGAUAGAGUGGCCUCGCUGUUGAACAGCUUCAAUAUUCAGAUUCGUUUACCAAAGACCACACCUGGGGAACUGAAGAGAGGGAUGGAAGAGGGCCGAGGCAAGAUGAAGAAAAUGAUGGGCAUGAUGAUGAUGGGAUUCGCUAUGAAGAUGAUGAUGAUCCCGUUGGCACUUGGUGUACUCUUCUUGCUGGCUGGAAAGGCGCUGAUCGUCAGCAAGAUCGCUCUAGUUCUUUCUCUGAUCAUUGGACUGAAGAAGCUUCUGAGUCAGAAGCAGGGACACGAUCAUGGCGGCUGGCAGCAAGGAGGCGGUGGAUGGGACAGGAGUCUGAAGAUUCUUCCUGUUUCUACAACGACACAGGCGAGCCGGGAUUACGCGCACAACUUGGCCUACUCGGCGCGGCAUCAACACUGAUCGGAAAUUGAUUCGAGCGAUUGAGGAGGUCUUGCGGUUCUGAACCCGCGUGUUUCACGUUCGAUGCAAUUUUAAAGUGCAUGUUGGGACUUGUAACGUAAUCAUUAGACCGCCAUAUCUCGAGCGGGGGAUAGUAAUUUAUUUAAUAAAAAUAAGCAUCAGCGGAUUCUAGAUAUUUUUGCUAAGGAUUCUAUCUCUUGUACUCAUUCUUGAUUCUUUUGAAGUUAAUAGACCGUUUCGUGAUUGCUAUGAAAAUAUUUUUUGUUUCAAAGGUGAUAAUUAUUAGACGAAACUCUAUGUAUAUUUCUUAAGCAAUCGUAAAGGGAAAUAGAAAUUUAUUUAUUUAUUUAUCAUCAGAUUCUUUUGAAAAUGCAUUCCUUUGAAAAAUCGCGACCUCAUCUCGCGUUUAUAGAAAGUAGAGAGGAUGUCAAGAAUACGUGUCGAGAACGAGCAAUAAUUACUAGCAAAACGAACGACGAUAAAUAUGUCCGCAAGAAGUCACGCGAUCAUCGAUAGUACACGGAAUGCCCCAGCUGCCACUCAUUUUCAAUCUUCAUCAACCGGGAUACGAUUUGACGCGAUAAUCUGGUCGUCAAACGUUUCCAAACACGCGAGUUUAUAGCGGAACCGAGUCGAAGUAAUUUUUGCGACUGAAACGACUCGCGAGUCAGACCUACAGUCAUUUCGUCGCAUAGUUCUUCAUCGUCUCCUCA